AUGGCUUCACAUUCCAGAUCCGCAUCCGCCAUGGGCGGUCAUGAAAAGACAUAUUUCGAACAGCAACGCGAAGUCCUCCUCGGCGAGAUUGCAGUGAGCUUCGAGCAUGUCCUAGCCAAUAUCAACAAACUGAACCGAUCUCUCGAGGCAGUCACAGCGGUUGGCAAUGAAUUCUCUUCGGUCGAAGCGCUUUGGUCACAGUUUGAGAACGUCAUGGGGAAGGAUGAUAAGGCGGAGGGUGAAACGGAUCAGGCUGAUCAGACGGGGAAACAUGAUGAGACUUUGGAGGGGGAUACGACGGUUAAGCACGAGGGUGCUUGA